AUGGUGUAUCUCUUGCUCUAUGUUGAUGACAUUGUGAUCACCGCCUCUUCAUCCGAGCAGCUACGUUCUGUUAUUUCAAGCAUCAACGCUGAGUUCAAGCUCAAGGACAUGGGGGCUCUGCACUACUUCCUCGGCAUUCAGGUACAACGGUCCAGUGAUGGCUUCUUCCUCAAUCAGCAUCAAUAUGCACUUGAUCUUCUUGAGCGAGCUGGUAUGCAAGAAUGCCGUCCCUGUUCAAUACCAAUUGACACCAACGGCAAGAUUUCUGGGAACUCAGGCACCAAGCUGGACGCUGCUGCUUCAUCCUCAUAUCGCAGCAUAGUCGGCGCCCUCCAGUAUUUGACAAUGACCAGGCCUGAUCUUCAGUACUCAAUCCAACAAGCUUGCCUCCAUAUGCAUGAACCAACGACUAAUCAUGAAGCUCUGGUGAAACGCAUUCUUCGUUAUGUCCGCGGCACUGCUAAUCUCGAUCUUCAUCUCCGGAUCUCCAACAUCACAAACAUUGUGGCCUAUUCGGAUGCGGAUUGGGCAGGAUGCCCGGACACGAGGCGUUCCACCUCCGGCUUCUGUGUUUUUCUUGGCGAUGCUCUGAUCUCAUGGUCAUCCAAAAGACAAACAACUGUCUCACGAUCAAGUGCAGAGGCUGAGUACCGAGGGGUUGCCAAUGCGGUUGCCGAGUGCACAUGGCUCCGUCAGCUGCUCGAUGAAUUGGGUUGUGCUCCAGAGCAGGCCACUGUUGUUUUCUGCGACAAUGUGUCUGCGUGCUACAUGAGCAGCCAUCCUGCUCAUCAUCGAAGAACUAAGCAUAUUGAACUCGACGUACACUUUGUCCAGGAGAAGGUUGCUCUCGGCCAAUGUCGGGUUCUGCAUGUGCCUACAACUCAGCAGUCCGCCGACGUGAUGACCAAGGGUCUCCCGACAUAA